AUGUGUGAUUGAUGUUUUCCAAAAACAAAAAAAGAAUGAAGUUAUUUCUUUAGUUCUAUGCGAAUCAAGUGUCUGUAUCUCUAUGCACGAGUGAGUGUGUGCGGAUGUGUGUCUCAGAAUGUGCCAUUAAAAAUAAAUGAAACAAAAAAAUCCGCAAAGAAAAAUGUGGCCAUCAAAGUGGUGGUGAAUUUAAAUAAAAUCCGCUUAAUUGGAGUAUGAGCCAUAUUUUUAAUUAAUUUGUUUGGCAACAAAAAAAGCACAGCUGCUCCGUACUAAAAUAUAUAAAUGAUGUGCCAAUCUAAAAUGAAAAAAUAAAUCAACCACCAUAUGUAAUGUUCCUUCCUUUUAAGAGCGAAGCCCAAGAAGUAAGCAUUAAAUUGGAAUAGUGGGCCAUUAGCAAAGCGCAAAGGUAUGCUACCACAUCCCAGAAUUCUGGAGUGCACUACUGCUACAUAUUUGCGAAGGAGAGAAAAACGGAGGGACUGUGAAUAAAAGAAGAAGCAGACCUCAUUAUAGACAGCUGUGCAGUUCUGUGUUGUAUCGAUCCGUGGUCCGUUUUCUUUGGCAUUCUUGUGGUCGUUUUGUCGGUCGAAUACGCCAAUAACAACAACUAUUCAACUAUAAACAAAUUCAAGUCAACCACCUAAUCAACCAACCUUCCUUCCAAUUUUCUUCAAUGGGAAUUACGAGAACACACCGACAAAUGCAGCAGCAGCAUUAGAGCAGCCGAUGUGUAUACCAUACCCUUAGCAAAGAAAAGUAAGGCCGAUGAACAUAAAGCUGGCGUCGCUAUCUACGUCGACAGCGACCAGAUAUCCAAACAAACGUCGCCGUCGCUGCUGAGAGCCUACGACAGCUGCUGCUUAUUAGAAUUGUAAUUGUGGCUCAAUCGAGAGUUACCCAUAAGAUAUGCCGGUUGCUUCGGCGCUUUUGAUACGGAAAUUCCUAUAAACUAAUCAACCUCGCCAAUUAAAACGACCUAUCAGCACGAGUUAGUACAACAAAACCACCCACAACUGCAAUAACAUAUUUGAAAUACUAUAACAACAACAAGAACAACCACAUCUGUACUCAAGCCAAUGUGCAACAUUUAAUUAAGAUGCCUGGACUUGUUGUUUUUCGUAGGCGGUGGUCGGUGGGUUCAGAUGAUCUUGUUGUGCCUGGAGCAUUCCUCUUAACAAUUCAUCUUAUAUGUGCUAUAACAGUCAUUGUGUCCCUUAGCACAUUCAAAUAUGACACCACCAUUUUCGAUGUCAAACUACUUUUUUACCAUCAAAUAGGUUAUUUAGUUAUACUAUGUGCCUCGCUAAGCAUCGAAAUUGGGAUAUGUGUUAUUUCGAUGAGAGGGAGUAUACUGGACUCAGAUGUUCGUGCCCCAAUAAAUUUUUGGAUUUAUUUCAAGACUGCUGUAAUGCUCUUCGAUAUUUCCUGGUUGAUUUUGGGAUCAAUAUGGCUAUCGAAAUAUUAUCUGGAAUCUCCAAUCAGCACACCAAAACAAAUCUUUUUCGCAAUUGUGAUUGCUGGUUGGGCUUUAGUAUUCGUUACAUGCAUCACUGUUUGGUGUACUUUUGAUGCAGCCGGCAGAUCAUGGGUGAAAAUGAAGAAAUAUCAACGAUCAAUGCGUGAGACUGAAUCGCGUUUUAAUUAUAAGCGAAGUAACAGUAUGAACCGCAACUGGCGCCAAAGAAAAGUGAUUCGAGCAUAUCAAGAUAGUUGGGACCAUCGGUGUCGUUUGCUUUUCUGUUGUAUGGGCUCCUCGGAACAGACCCGCAACUCUUUCACCGACAUAGCAAGACUGCUGAGUGACUUCUUUCGAGAGCUGGAUGUUGUUCCAUCGGAUGUUGUGGCCGGCUUAGUAUUAUUGAGAAAAUUUCAACGCCUAGAAAGGGAGGCUAUAGUGAGACAGAGAAAAAAUGGAACUUACGAAUUCCUGAGUGGAGUGCCUAUAACCGAACGUACCCAGUUCCUGGCACUGAAUGAUGCCAAAAAUUAUGAUUUCUAUCAAACGGUGAUUCAUUACAUGUACUUUGCCCAAGGGGCAUACGGCUGGCCCAUGUACUUUAUAAUCAAUCGCUCUAAAAUAUGCAAUCUGGUGCCCGAAUUAAAAUGCUUUGGUUGUUGCACUGCUGCGGCCACCUCUGAGGCGGAGGUGAUAAAGGACAAUUGUUGUUACUGUAACUAUGCUGCCCUUAAAAAGACUCUACAAGUGGGUGAUAUAGAAAUCGUCUAUGCCACAUAUCACGUCGAUGUUGGAGAAACUCCAUUUUUUGUAGCCAUUGAUUAUACACAGAAAAAAAUUGUGAUCAGUAUACGUGGCACUUUGAGUAUGAAAGAUAUUCUUACAGAUCUGAAUGCAGAGGCUGAAGUUUUACCCUUAAGUCCACCACGUGAUGAUUGGCUAGGGCACAAGGGCAUGGUCCAGGCAGCUGUGUAUAUCAAAAACAAAUUGGAGGAGGAGAACAUCAUACAGAGGGCACUCAACACCAACAACGAAAGAAAUACCCACACAUUUGGUUUGGUAAUUGUGGGACAUUCAUUGGGUGCUGGAGCGGCGGCUAUUCUGGCCAUACUUCUGAAACCUGUUUAUCCAACAGUGCAGUGCUUUAGCUAUGCCCCACCUGGUGGUCUAUUAAGCAUGCCGGCUGUUGAAUAUUCAAAAAUGUUUGUUACCUCCAUUGUAUUGGGCAAGGAUGUGGUACCUCGUAUUGGUCUGUAUCAAAUGGAAGCGCUAAGGGCUGAUCUCAUAAAUGCCAUUCAGCGCAGUAUAGACCCAAAGUGGAAGACUAUCUCUUGCUCAAUGCUAUGUUGUGGAUGUGGGCCAGAGCCCAAAUCAGUUGUAGAAAUGUCUGGCAAAGAUACUCACAUUAACAAGUACCAAGAGGAACGUGGUACAGCUCGUUCAACCAGCACACAUCCAGCUGAUAGUUCAAUAGCUUUAACCCUUCAUCAGCCCCUAUACCCGCCUGGACGCAUUAUACACAUUGUUCGUCAUCAUCCAAAGGCCGACGAGAAGAAAUAUGACAGUGGUUGGAGAAAUGUAUUGAAAAGUCGUGAACCUGUCUAUCAGGCCAUCUGGGCUGAAUCAACCGACUUUGAUGAAGUUCUCAUAUCCCCUGUUAUGCUGCAGGACCAUAUGCCCGAUAAAAUAUUGGCUGCACUUAAGAAGGUCGUGACAACCAGUGGCCCUCGGAAACCACAUCGGCAAGCAUCUAAUGCCUUCUCCAUGGCAUCCAAUGAUCUGCAGAGAAGUAAUCAGGAUGUGUAUAGUUGUUAUAACAUUUCCAGUGCCGAUAUUCACCAACAUCAUCCCGAUGUUAUGUCUCAAACAUCUCACCACACUGCGGAAACACGUUCGAAUACAACGAUGAACCAUACCGAGGCUCAAAUGCAUGCCUCAAUGUCCGGCCAGCAUCAGCAGCAGAGCAGAGUAUGUUUGGAAACAUCCUUUACAAACUUACAUAGCCCCCAGAUGACCCAUAAACAUGCGCAUUUUAGUGAAAGCAUCAGUUCCAGCAAAGCUUCAUCUUUAGCCGGCAGUGUUCUCAGCCGAAGUCAGUUAAGCAGCAUUCAAUGUGAUAUCUCAUCGGUGGUGGAGAAUAGCGUAGCGACUACAGUGGCGGUGCGCAAAAGCCCUACUGGCAAUGGCAGCACUGGGUUGGAGCAAAUGACUGUCCAUUCUACUGCCAAAAGUAAACAAGUCCUCUUCGAAGAACAAACUCCACCUAGACAACACAAUUUGCAUCGCCACUGUUCGGAGAAGGGGAGUGCCAGUAAACCAAAGUCCCUGGCAAUACCCCCUUUGCGUCGCGCUUCAAUUGACACUACUGAAAACAAUAAGGCCGACAAUUGGGGUGUGGCCCCCCUAGCAAGUCCCGAAACUCUGUCGGAGAUAUCCAGUGUUUCCUCCCGCAACAGUUUGGGUGCCAGUAUUGAUCGUCAACUACACAACAUGACGAAUACUGCGGAAACAAUGAACAAAAAUGGUGCAAUUUCGACGGAGGCUGAAGAAAUUUUCGAAUCCCAGCUGCAUACUCCUAAAAUAAUGCGACGAGCCCCAAAAUUCACUGAAAACCUCUCCACAUGUGCCGAGGAUAAACGCAAGGUGGACCAAUACAAGCGUAUGGGCAGGGUAUUUGUGAAUCAUCCACUAUUCAACGUCCACGAACCCAGCCAAAAUUCGAGUGAAGAUGAGGAUGAUAGCUUCGAAUCGGCCAAUAGUUAUAAGAAGCCAACUAAAGAGUUAAAUAGCGAACCUACAACUGAAUCUUUAACGCAGAAGAGGACAGAAGAAGCCAACAGCGAAAACUGCCAGAACCAUGAACACAGGGAAAAUUCCACUAUCACCAAUCACUUGGAUGCUGAACAUUCGCCCAUGACGCAACCUAAGACAAGCGAGGCCAAAAUGCAACAACUGAGUUACAGCGAUAGCAAUAUUUUGUAUGACAACGAUAUUGCCGAAGAUCUAAACAAAAGGGCCGCAAACAGUAUUAGGUCCUCGGAAGAUACCCUGGACUACUACAGCGCCAAUUCGUCUAUAGAAAGGGUAUCCAAUGCCACAAAUCACAACGACGAGGAACCCCAUGAGCAUCAGCACCUAUGUUAUUCUAAUAGCCCAGCAAACAUAAGCAUACCUCCAGGAGUUCUGGAAUCUCAUUUCCCCUUACAUUUCGAUGCAUUCACAUCGACAGCACCAGCCACAACCACUACCAGCAGGGACAACAACGAUGAUGAUGAACAACCACAACAACAACAACAACACCCACAACAGACUGCACCAGUACAAAAUUUAAAAACGAUAUCGAUAUUAUCUAGUCCCUCAUUAUUGGGACGCAAACGAAACAAAUAUUGUAUAUAUCCCUCCGGAAUUACCGCGCCAUCAUGUGUUUCUGGUGGCCUCCAAAUGCAGGCCACCACCAUCACAAGCAGCACAACCACCUCUUCUACAACAGCAAAUCUACCUGAAAUACUCGUUACCAAUGGUUCGAGACCCACAAAAUUGAUGAACGAAAGUACAGUGUAGUGAAAAGAGAAAACUACACGCGCCCCCUCCCAUUAAAACCAAAUGGCUCGUUGACAUUUAAAGAAAAUUCUGAUAGAUAUUCUCAUAAAAUUCUGUUAUACAGAACCAUGUUAAGUGGUCGCCUAAAUAACAACUAAUCUCUCAGAUGUAUCUUUCGAUGUGAACGGCCUAUAAAUUUGGAAACGCUGAACAGGUGUGACUAAUUUUAGACGAAGCGAAAAAGAGUUUAGAUAACUUAUUGAUGUUCAAAAUUUCCCAUUCUUUUAUUUUCGUCGUGCUAGGCUAGAUCCAUGCAUAUAAGAACGUUAUAUAUCCAGAAGAAGUUUCCUUAUAGAUUUGCGAGUAAAACCCCGUUUACACUGCGAAUUUAAUGACUCGAUCAUCUGCAUUCCCUUUUUAAACUCAGCUGACGAGUGCCUUAAAUCUGGAUUUAAUGAGCAAUUUACACGAGGUUUAAGUUUACCUAACCUAGCUUAAGACUUGUUAUAAGUUCAUUGUGAAUCCGAUGCAGGCAGCAUCAUUGAAACAGAGUCGGCUGAGGCUCAGGGACAUGUCGUUGUUAUUGUCCUCCGUACUAUUUUUGCGGAAUAUUUCCACAUUCUCUUCGCCGUUUUGAAGUUGUUCGGGCGACAACUUAAACUUAGCACCAGGCUUAAAGGAGCAAAGGAUCUUUAAUAGUUACUUACUCUGUCUAUUAUUCAUCCUAUUCGCGCCUAUUUCGACUAAACCGCCGUCCUAACAGAUCACAUAUCUUUUUAUACCCUCCACCAUAGGAUGGGGGUAUACAAAUUUCGUCAUUCUGUUUGUAACACCUCGAAAUAUGCAUUUCAGACCCCAUAAAGUAUAUAUAUUCUUGAUCGUCAUGUAAUUUUAAGUCGAUCUAGCUAUGUCUGUCCGUCUGUCGAAAGCACACUAACUUUCGGAGGAGUAAAGCUAUAAGUGUAUGUUAAUGGCUAUGACAGCCAUUAAAAGUAAGGUCGGUUAGUAUUGUAAAUGAGCCAAAUCGGUAUAUGUUUUGAUAUGGCUGCCAUAUAAACCGAUCUUGGGUCUUGAUUUCUUGAGCCUCUAGAGGGCGCAAUCUCAUCCGAUUUAACAGAAAUUUUGCACGUAGUGUUUGGGUAUCACUUCCAGCAACUGUGCUAAGUAUGAUUCAAAUCGGUUCAUAAUCUAAUAUAGCUGUCAUGUAAACCGAUCUUGGAUUUUGAUUUCUUGAGCCAAUAGAGCGCGCAAUUCUCAUCCGAUUUGGCUGAAAUUUUCCUGAGGUGUUUUGUUAUGACUUCCAAUAACUGUGCUAAGUAUGGCGUAAAUCGGUAUAGAACCUGAUAUAGCUGUCAUAUAAACCGAUCUGGGAUCUUGAUUUCUUGAGCCUCUAGAGGGCGCAAAUCUCAUCCGAUUGGAAUGAAAUUUUGUACAACGGCUUCUCUCAUGACCUUCAACUUACGUAUGUAAUAUGGUCUGGAUCGAUAAAUAGCUUGAUACAGCUCCCAUAUAAACCGAUCUCCCGAUUUUGCUUCUUGAGGCCCUACAGGGUACAAUUCUUAUCCGAAUGAACUGAAAUAUUACACAAUGACUUCUAUAAUGUUCAGCAUUCAUUUAUGGUCCGAAUCGGACUAUAACUUUAUAUAGCUCCAAUAGCAUAACAGUUCUUAUUCAAUAUUCUUUGUUUGCCUAAAAAGAGAUACCGCGCAUAGAACUCGUCAAAUGCGAGCCAUGGUGGAGGGUAUAUAAGAUUCGGCCCGGCCGAACUUAGCACGCUCUUACUUGUUAUAAUUCUAAUUUCGGCGGGAUAAAGGUAUUUGGCUCGUUUGCACCUUCCAAACCAUAUAACUAGACUGAAAAUGGAACAACUCAUAUUGUUUGAACACAUUGGUCCACAAUUUGGAGUUUGAAAAUCGAUGAGAACUGUCUUUAUUGGCUGUUUUCAAGCUGUUGAAGCGCGAAACUUCUCCAUUCUUUAUACUUUAAGGCUGGUACUAUGUUCGUUUUCCAUGUUUUUCGUGUUACUUCAAACUCUCUUAUCUAAGAAAAGUAAUCACGAAUAGCUUACGCGAAAAGCGAACAUAGUACCAACCAUUAGUCAGGAAGCCAACUUUUGUUGUUUUUUAUAUUAUAUGACAAGGAUUUAAACUCUUCAAAAGAAAUACUGAUGUUGGCCUAAGGGCAGCUCAACUACAUAGCUUAUAGGUACAUGUCGCUUCGCCUAAAGUCUGCAUAUCUUGAGUCCUUUCAAACAACAACAAUAGCUAAUAUCAUAGUAUUAACACUCUUUGUAUUUCUAUCUCUCUUACUUGUUCUCUCCCUAUCUGUCUCUCUAUCACUCUCGCUCCUACUAUCCUAUUGUAAUAUCUAUGUAGUCAUAAUAUGGUAGUCUAACUUAAUUCAUCAACUAGUUAAAACGUUUAGAACAUUGUUUGUUUGUUAUAUACAUACAUAAAUAUAAAGAGAAUAAUAGUUGAAGAUAUUUGAAACUAUGUAUAUCAAUACCCUAGACGUAUUGUUUAAAGUUAUAGUUAUACAUACAUAUAUACUAGUCGGUGCACACAAGCACUUACCACCCUAACAAAACAAAACAAAACAA